AUGGUUCUUGGGACCAUAGAUGGCGCUGUACAAAGCCUGAAAAUUAUAGUUCGGGUUAUGGAAAAUCUGAGCAUACCAUUGGGUAGAGCUCGCCGAGUUGUACUUGGAACAAGAAUGGAAGAGUUGGAACAAGUUCCUGAACGAAUCUGGGCUGGAAAUACUUUUCUGGGUCCAUGGACUACAUGGGAAAAAAAUGAAAAAAUCGAUUUUGUACGAGACUGGUCUGAGUCGUGGAAAAGUUGA